AUGACAAAAGUUAAGGUUGGCAUAUUAGGGGCGACCGGAACAGUUGGACAACGUUUUAUAGAAUUAUUAUCAAAACAUCCACAAUUUAUCAUUCAUUCCGUUGGAGCUUCUUCACGCUCAGCUGGUAAAAAAUAUUCUGAAGCUACAAAAUGGAAAAUCACAGGCGAUAUACCUGAGCAAGUUAAAAAUAUGGUCGUUAAAGUAUGUAAAGCGGAAUUAUUUGGGGACUGUGAAGUAAUAUUUUCCGGUUUAGAUUCCGAUGUUGCCGGUGAAAUUGAAAUGGAAUUUUUAAAAGCAGAUUUUGUGGUUUUUUCUAAUGCAAAGAAUUAUCGAAGAGAUCCUAUAGUUCCAUUAAUCGUUCCAACGGUAAAUCCGGCACAUUUUAAUCUGAUACCACAUCAGAGAUCCAUUCACACACUUCAAAAAGGUUUUUUAGUGACGAAUUCAAACUGUUCUACCACGGGACUUGUAGUAGCAUUAAAACCAUUACAGGAUGCAUUUGGACCAUUGGAAACGAUCAUUGUACAAACGAUGCAAGCGAUAUCAGGGGCGGGAUAUCCGGGAGUAUCAUCAUUAGAUAUAUUUGAUAAUGUAAUACCAUUUAUCAGUGGAGAGGAAGAAAAGAUGGAAUAUGAGACUUUAAAAAUUUUAGGGGAUUUAAAUUCGGAUCAAACGGAAUGUAAAUUGCUUGAUUCUACAAAUAUUUCGGCUACAUGCAAUAGAGUACCCGUGAUUGAUGGUCAUACCGAAUGUGUUUCCAUUAAAUUUAAAAAUCAACCUCCCCCUACCCCACAAGAAAUCAUCAAUGUACUGGAUUCUUACGUAAGCGAGGCUCAACAAAUCGGCUGUCAUUCUGCUCCGAAUAAAUGCAUCAUUAUCCGUAAUGACGAUGAUAGACCUCAACCUAGGUUAGAUAGAAAUAAUGGCGAUGGUUACAGCGUUACCAUUGGUAGAGUUAGGAAAUGUAACGUGUUUGAUAUUAAGUUUACUUUACUAGUACAUAACACUAUUUUAGGUGCCGCUGGGAGCGGUAUUUUAAAUGCUGAAAUUGCUUUGGCAAAAGGUGUAGAAAUACAAGUAAAUGGUUGGAUACGUACUGUAAGGAUACAGAAAAAUGUCUCUUUUGCUUCUAUUAACGACGGCUCAAGUUUAAAAGGUUUACAAGCUAUACUUUCAAAUGAAGACGCUAAAAAGUUAACUACUGGUACUUGUGUUAGAUUACAUGGUGUGUUAGUUGACAGUAUUGGAAAGGAGCAAAAUAAAGAAUUACAAGUUAAUAAGGUUGAAAUUUUAGGCGAAUGUGAUUCUACUUAUCCACUACAAAAGAAAAAUCAUUCAAUGGAGUUUCUUCGUGAAACGACUCAUUUACGUUUUAAAACAAAUAUUUUUAGUGCGAUUUUACGUGUAAGAAAUUCUACUAUAUUAGGUUUUCAAGAAUUCUUUCAGGUUCAUACUCCUAUUAUAACAACAUCAGAUUGUGAAGGUGGUGGAGAAGUGUUUAAACUUACGACGGUAAACUCUGAAGAAUUCUUUGGUAAACCAGUAUAUUUAACAGUAUCAGGUCAAUUACAUGCAGAAUCAAUUUCUUCUUCCAUUUCACGCGUGUAUUCAAUCGGUCCAAUAUUUAGAGCCGAUAAAUCUUUGACAUCAAAACAUUUAUCAGAAUUUUGGAUGUUAGAAAGCGAAAUCUCUUUUAUUGAUUCUUUAAAAGAUUUAAAUGAUUUUAUUGAAAAUUCAAUUAAAUACGUUAUACAAUUUUUAUUAAAUAAUUCUUAUCAUGAUCUCGAAUAUUUUAAUCAAUUUAUUGAUGAUAAUUUAUUAAAUCGAUUAGAACAUACUUUAAAAAUUCCUUUUAUCACAAUGUCUUAUAACGAUGCUAUAAAUAUUCUUUCGAAAAAUUCUUUUGAUAUUUCCUUUGGUUCUCCUAUUCAAUCUCAACAUGAGAAAUUUUUAUCCACGAAUUAUUGUAAUUCUCCUUUAUUCAUUAUUAAUUAUCCAAAAGAAAUAAAACCUUUUUAUAUGCGUUUCAAUGAUGAUAAUAAGACUGUCGCUUGUACUGAUUUAUUACUUCCCAAAAUUGGUGAAUUGGUCGGUGGUAGUUUAAGAGAAGAACGUUAUUCCCUUUUAGAAAAUAAUAUUUUAAUUAAAGGGUCAUCUUUAGAUGAUUAUAAAUGGUAUUUGGAUUUGAGAAAGUAUGGCAGUUUUCCUCAUGGAGGUUUUGGUAUGGGAAUUGAAAGAUUUUUGUUAUAUAUUACCGGUUUAGAUAAUAUUAAAGACGUGAUACCUUUUCCUAGGUCUACCAAUUACUGCAAAUUUUAA